GGAGAAAUCCUUCUUCGGCAGUGUUGUUUUGAUUAAACGGUGCAUUUCAGGGGUUUAUUCCCCUAUCUAAACCGUUCUUGUAGAUGAAAGACAGGUGUUGGUGACAUCAUGGUACCACUCCUGUUGUACCGCAUCGUCAGCUCCCUAAGCUGCCAUCUAACCCAGAUCACCCUCAGCCGGAUCUACCCUAGCACUGCCACCACCAUCUCCCGCUGCCUCUCCUCCCUUACAUCCUACCCAGCCAGAGUGCUCCUGACCCCGGGUAGACCCAUCCAGCCGCUGGCCUCUUCUCCUCGAUCUUCUCCCCAGGAUGGUGGCUCCCUCCUAGGCCAGUGUCAGCACCUGGCCUGCCUCCAGCCCGCUUCAGGGAUGAAAACCAAGAGCGCUCUGAAACGGCGCUGUAAAGAUUGCUUCUUUGUGGUACGGCGGGGUCGUCUAUUUGUGUUCUGUAAGGCUCACCCCAGACACAAGCAGAGACAGGGGUGAAGAGGAGAUGGGGGGGUGACGACAAUGUUUGUAUGGUCCUCUAAAUUGUUUGUUACCUGAAUUGCCACAGUAAAGUUUUUGACUGAU